CUGCUACGUUUCCUGGAUGAUUUAAGAUCUGCAGACCCUCUCGAGGUUUCACUGACAGUUACACUAUUCUGGAAAUGAACAUGUCGGGGAUGAAUAGUGAUCAGCUGCACCGCUCCACCUUGGGGAUUUACUCGAGCUUGAUGGAUGACUUCAACCCGAGCCUACAGAAACUGGUUUUACUGGGAAACAGCUACGUCCAAGCCUUCCAGGCUCUGGCUGUAACGAGUGAGGCCUACUUCAGUGCACUUUCACAGAUUGGAGAGAAGGCUCUGCACACCAUUUCCUCACACUCCUUAGGUGAUGUCCUGAUUCAGAUCUCUGAGAACCAAAGAAGACUCACCGCUGAGCUGGAGGGAGUAUUCCGCUGGUUCAGUGUAGAGGUUCUUCAGGAGAUGGAUAACAACAUUAGACUGGACAGAGAUUACAUAUCAGGCAGCAGGAAGCACUACGAGAUGGAGGUCCACACACAGGCAGCGGCUCUGGAGAGACAGCUGCGGAGAAGAGCCAAUCAGGAUUGCAGUGAGUAUAUGCAGUUCCUCAGGGAGAGCCACUGCGAGGCUCUGAAGGAGGAGGAGAGACGAUACCGCUUUCUGUCUGAGAAACACUGCGGCCUGAUACAAUCCUUCGCCCACCUCAUGAAUAAGAUAGGAGGUUCUCUCCAGCAGAGAGCUGCAGCCUGGACGGAGGAGGCGGACGCCACCAGAGGACCCGAGGCCAGACGACCCACUUCAGCAGACAACUCUGUGAGGAUGAAGGAGGAGGAGAUGAGGAAGAGCAGAGAGGAGCUGACCCUUGGCAACAUACCAUCAAGAGCGCCGUCUCCCCAGGGAAGCAUUUCUCGCUCUACAGGAGGAAGAUCCACAAGAGCGCGGGUGGCCCACCAGCCUGGUGGCUCCAACCCCACCCUGCUGGCUUUCAGCAGGGGAGAGAUGAUCACUGUGCUGGUUCAUCAGCCCAGGAACGGCUGGCUGUACGGACGUGCUGAUAGCAGUUCACGUCAGGGAUGGUUUCCAGCCGACUUUGUGGAAGCAGUGGACGAUCCUCCAAAGACAAGCAGCGCUGGUGGCUCCUCUCAUCGAAGCAACAGCAGCAUUAGCAGCAUGAGCAGCCUGCUCAACCAAUCGGGGAGCAGCAGCCACAGCGCAGCCCCGCCCCCUCCACCUCCACCGCCUCCACCUUCAAAUAAACAGUACGAGAUGAGACCAGUUGCACCGACUGCUAACAAUAGGAGUUAUGAGUCUAAUUCAGAAAACAAGAGAUCAAAACCACCUGGAUCACAACCAGAACUCUUCCCGAGGGGUACCAACCCAUUUGCCACAGUUAAGCUGAGGCCCACGUCCACCAAUGACAGAUCGGCCCCACAUCUGUAUCGAUGAUGACAUCUGUACCCUGAAACAAGCGCUUUUGUCAAGCUUUACGUUUCAUUCUUGACCUUGGAAAAAGGAGAAAAUAAGUAUGUCUGGUCCAGUGUCAGUAAGCAGACCGUCAGUGGACCUGGUGUUUGUCAUACACACUGAUUGACAUAUUGUCCUUGUGCAUAGAUGCACACAAGGUUGGAGAAAGAGGACAAAAAAAAUGUAUUAAUAUUGUAUAAUUCUUGGAGUCCCACAAGGACUCUAGAUGUAUAUUAUUUAGAUCUUGGUAAACUAACAAUUUUGUUGUUGAUUUUUUAAUAAUUGGCUCUGUUCUUGUGAUUUGUAAGAUAGUAAAAAAUGAAUCACUGUGAUACAAACGUGUUUAUGUAACAUGAACUUACAUGUUUAUUGAUCUUAGCUGGUUCUAAAUCCUUAUUACUGCUCUGACAUGUUUGAUUUAUUAGUACUGUAAUUCUGACAACAGAUGAUAUGUAAAUGACUCAUUACUGUAUAUUAUUGUCCAUUUGGAAAUAAAUGCCUAUUGUCUAUGAUGUGUUUAUAGUGUAAAUGUACAGCCCAGUCACUGAGAAAAAUGUUGGCAUUGUACGUUUCUGCAAACCACGGAUACAACUUUAUUUUCAACAAUGCUUCAGCUAAUGUGUGGUUAGGCUUUGACACAAAAACCACUUGAGUGUAAUUAGGAAAAUGUUUUGGCUUGAAAUACCCACUGUUUGUGGCACUAUCAUAGCUAAAAAAAAGGCAAAGGGUUGCCAAAAAAGAUCAAUUAUGUUGCUCAAAAAUGCUUGAAAAGCAGCAGCAACACCCAAGUUUGGUGCCUAAAAAGAUGCUGGAAAUACAGCUCAGGGUCACUAAAAAAAUACCCAUUUCUGGUGCUUAAAAAGUUGCUGGAAAAACAGUGACAGGUCACUAAACAACAUAUAAUUUUGGUGGCUAAAAAGACUCUGGAACAACAUCAGCUCGUUAUAAAACACCCAAUUUUGGAGACUAAAAAAAUGCUGAAAAAACAGUGACAGGUCACUAAACAACAUCCAACUUUGGUGCCUAAAAAGGCGCUGGAAAAAACAACUUCAGGUGGCUAUAAACACCCAAUUUUGGUGCCUAAAAAGAUACUGGAAAAACAGCAUCAGGUCACUAAAUACACCAGUUUGGUGCCUAAACAGUGGGUUGUAAAAUAGUGACAGGUUGCUAUAAAACAACCAAUUUGGUGCCUAAAAAGGCCCGGGAAAAACAGCAUCAGGUCACUAAAUACACCUGUUUGGUGCCUAAAAAGUGUCUUGUAAAACAGAGGCAGUUUGUUAUAAAACAGACAAUUUUGGUGCCUAAAAGGGCACUGGAAAAACAUUGACAGGUUGCUAUAAAACACCCAAUUUUGGUGCCUAAAAAGAUACUGGAAAAACAGCUUCAAGUCACUAUAUACACCUGUUUGGUGCCCAGACAGUGGGUUGUAAAAAAAUGACAGGUUGCUAUAAAACAGACAGUUUCAGUGUCUAAAGAAACAGUGAAAAAGACAGUGAAGGCUCACAAAACAAAUUGUUUUUCUUUGUUGCUUUGUUUGUUGGUCUUAAACAGUGAUCUGCAGCUUGGCAGGUGUCUUGCCAAGUUGACAUGUCAUCCACCCUUCCCCCCACUUCCCGAUGACAAAGUCAGGUCACAUACUACAUUACAUUAGAAAGGCUGAUAUGAAACGUAUUCGACAUGUAACAUACAAUGCCAACAUUUUCUUCUGGCGACUGGGCUGACAGUUGAUGUUAGGAACCAGUGCUGAGGGAUGAAUCUUAUGUUUUUAUUGCCAUUGUAAAGCAUUUUGACCAUUUUUCUCUACAUGCUCCACUGAAUUAAGUCCAUUAAUAAAUAUUAAUUGCAUGACUAAUUUACUUUAGAAAAUGGCUUGUAAAAAAGAGAUGUAACCUCUGGCAGAUCUGAAAUAUCUUGUAAAAAUAGGAUAAAAAGUCUGAGCCAGAAAUGUGAUGAAAAAUGCAAUGUGUUCAUGGAUAAUUUAAUACUAUCUUUAUAAUUACAUAUACUAAUGUGUUUCAUUUCAUCAGCAGGUGGCAUUUUUCACUGAUGGCAUAAUGAUAAUACAGAUCUAUAAUAUUAUUUGACAGGAUAAAAAUGUGAGUUAUUAAAUAAUAAAAAAAUAUUGGUAUUACAUCACCAGUUUAAGCUCCUGAUCAUUUGAUUUCAAAUAUUUAGUACUGCUCUAAACAUUCACAACUAAAUAAAGAACUAAGUUAAAGUUAGUUUAAAAGAAAAACUCAUUCAGUAGUUGUUUAUCGUAUGAAUGACGCUGACCUCAGCUGUCUGCUGGGACCAGCACUGAGCUUCUCUGAGCUCCACUAAACUGCUCUUCUUUUAAGUGAUAGCCUCUAAGCUUCAGAUCUGUGUUUAUUUGCUCAGGCAGUAAAAUGGCCUACUAAAGAAGAUCAGGAUUCCCGCGUCGCCUGUUUGGGUCCUCCGCUGGGGAUACUUAACCCAAAUUGAACCUCAGUGUGAAUCCAAUUCUGCUAAUGGCUUGACAGCAUGGCUCUGCUAAACUAGCACAGCUCUUCUGAAUAAAGACUCUUUGCCAAGUGGAAUAA